AUACCUCCUAGAAUAAGGAAGGCCUCAGCACGGGUUAACAUAAAUGAAAAAUCCGAUCCGUCAGUAGUCCAGCGAAGUAGACCUGAAUGGCUGCCACAUUCUUCCAUUAGCAUUGGCGUCAUUCAUAGCUUUGAUUUUGGCGAAAUGGAAUUCCGAUGACCAUUACAGUCAUUGCCUUAAACCCUUGUUGGCGCCGGUUUUUCCCUUCCACGUGUUUCGUUAUUUUUAAUUCGUUUUUGUGAAGUUUUAAGUUUAUUAUAGCUACUGCUGGAUUACAUAUUUGCAAUAUAUAUUAAUGUGUCAUGCCUUACCAUUGCUGUGCAGUAAACUGCAAAGGAAAUUAUGCUAACGGUCCAAAAGUUGCCGUAUUUAAUUUUCCCAAAGAUGAAGCUCAACAAAGACGUUGGCUACAAGCACUCUCACGGAAGGAUUUUAUCAUCACUAAGAAUUCUCGAGUGUGUGAGAAACAUUUUUCAUCGGAUGUCAUAAUUAAAGAAACUGUGAAAACUGAUCCAAAGACUGGUGAAAUAAAAAAAAUUCCCCUAAGUCGAUUUAAAUUGAAAAAAGAUGCCAUUCCUACCAUUUUUGAAGGUUGUCCAGAGAAUAUGACUAAAGAUCUUCCUCUGAGAGAAUCGCGAGAAGACAAAUUAAGGAAUUUAGAAGAGAAAAAUUUUAAUCUUGCCAUAAAAGAGAGUUUGCAGGCUUCUGAGGAAUAUGAAAAAAACCAUUAUUUCAAUAAUUAUGAGGAAUUCAAGAGGAUUCUCAGAGAUAACAUGGAUUCGUCAUGGUCAUGCCAGGAUUUUAUUUCAAAAACAUGUUUCUUUUCUUUCUGUUUUGAACCUCAACCUAACAUUAUAAAAUCUGUAGUAGUCAAUGAAAAUUUAUCCGUGGAAUGUUUUUUUAAAAAUGUAAAGUUAUCAUCAAUUGGUAAUUUUUCUAUGCCCUAUACUUUAACCUCUAUAAAUGAUUUGCAACAAAUUUUGGAUUUAUUUAAAAAUACAAACUAUAUUCAUAGCUCUAAAGAUAUUAUUGAUUCAGUAAAAAUUUUACUUACUAAGUUAAAACCUCUAUUGCCCGCAGAUAAAAAUUCAGUCAUUGAGUUUUUGUCUGAGGAAAUUUCACUGUUAACUGUUGAUAAAAAUGUAUUGCGUUAUAGUUCAAAUUUUUUGAUAUUUUGUAGUUUAGUUUAUUCUAUUUCACCUCAUUGUUAUAAAUUUAUUAGAAAUUCUAACAACCUAAUUUUGCCUCAUCCAUCAACUAUAGAACGACUUUGUUCAUCAUUUAGCAUGAAUCCCAAAGAUGAACAAUUUGAUGAAAAUUUUUUGCUUUAUGCUAAACAAAAAAUUCAGUAUUUAAAUGAACACCAAAAAAUUGUUUCCUUAAUGAUGGAUGAGAUACAUUUAAAACAAUACUAUGAUUAUAAAGCUGGUAAUAUUGUUGGAAAAUCUGUCAAUAAUGAUAAAGCAGCUAAUUCUGCUUAUGUUUUUAUGUUGCAAAGUUUUUUAUCUGAUUUUGAAGAUGUUGCACACAUUUUGCCUGUUUUCAAUAUUAAUGCUGAUUAUUUAUACACUUUUCUUGUAAAAAUUAUUUUAGGUUUGGAAAAAAUUGGAUUUCAUAUUUUAUGUGUAACUUCUGAUAAUAAUUCUUUAAAUGGUAAAGCGAUGUCCUAUUUUUCUACCCCAUCUAAAUUAAGUUUUGUUUAUGCCCACCCAGCAGAUCCCGAAAGGUCAUUAUUCUUUUUAUUUGAUCCUGUACACAUUUUUAAAUGUUUAAGAAACAAUUGGCUCAAUCAAAAAAAUGGUCAUAAUAUGUAUUUUUUGGACUUUUCGGAUUUUUCUAAAACUAAAACUGCCUCUUUUAAAACUCUUAGAAACAUUCAUUCUUUGGAAGAAGGGCAGUUGAUUAAAUUUGCGUAUGGAAUCUCCAUUAAGGCUUUAAAUCCCACUAGUAUGGAAAGACAGAAUGUGAAACUUGUUUCACAAAUAUUUAACGAUCAUGUCAUUUCAGGUUUAAGAGCUCUUUGUGAGCAAACUAAUGACCUUAGUUGUUCAGACACAGCCGAUUAUAUACAAAUUAUUUCAAAUUGGUGGAAAAUAAUGAACGUGAAAAAUCCAAAUAAAGGUGUUCACAAAAAGGAUAAAUUUUCUGAACCAAUAUCAAAUGCUGGUAAUGAUGAAAGAAUUGUUUUUCUCAAAACCUUUCUUAAUUGGUUAACUGCUUGGAAAGCAGCAAAUUAUUCUUCAGGAUUUUUAUCUAAAGAGACAUUUACUGCUUUGUUUCAUACUACGAGUGCUGUCAUCGAAUUGUCAAAAUAUUGUUUUGAAAAUUUAAAUUUCAGAUACUUUCUCACGGGCAAAAUACAAACUGAUGCUCUUGAACGUCGUUUUGGAAAAUUUCGGCAACUUUCUGGGGGGCAAUAUAAUAUAUCAAUAAGACAAGUUUUUGAAACAGAAAGCAAAUUGAGAUUACAAUCUGUUGGCCCGUUAAAAAUUAAAUCCUCUUCUUUUGGUGAAAUAGAUAUCAAUUUGGUAGAAACUGAUAAUGCAGAAAAUGAGGUAGAAAAUGAAAAAUUAAAUUUUGGUAAAGAAAUUGAUGUUAAUGAAGAUGAUUUAAUUCCAUUAGUUUGUAUUUUGCCUGUGCUUACUUAUAUUGCUGGUUUUUGUUGCUAUUGUUAUUUAAAACGUAAAAAAUGUUCAUCUUGUGAGAAAUCUAUCACAUUAACAGAUAUCGAAGAGAAAUUUAAUGUGAUAGAUGAAGUGGAAAACUCUUACAUUCAAACAUUAGACAGAGGUUGUUUGGUAUACCCUAAGCAUGAAAUUGUUGACAUAAUCUUGCACGCAUAUGUGGUAGUUCAAAAAUUAGUUUCUGAAGAGUUUGAAAGCUCAUUUCUACAAAUGCAUAAUCAUAAAGUUUUGGCUAUUGAUACUACUAUUAAUGUUUUGGAAAGAAAGGAAAUAUUCUUAAAUAACAAUCAAUGCUCUGCUCAUGAUUCCAGUUUCAUUGUAAAAUUUUUGGUAACUCGAGCCAUUAACACCUUUUUAAGCAAUUAUUGUAAAAAGCUAAAUGAUUCAAUUUUAACUGAACGACUUAAUAAAAAGAAAGCUAACUUAAACUUAAAAGUAACUCAAUCUAAAAUUGAACCAGAAACUAAGAAAAGAAAACUACAAACAUUAAAAUAAAGGAGCUGUUUGUUUUUUUCAACAUUAAAAUAUAGAAUCAAUUUUUGAUACAGCUUCUGUUUUUUAUUUGUAACUUUUAAGACAAGUAGCAUUAUAAUACUUUUUGAGUUUAUUUGAAAAAUAUUUUGUAUGACUAGACUAAUAAAUUAAUGUUUAAGUGGUCAUAUUUUUAAUAAGCUGAAGAGAUUUAAAAUGAAAUCUUACAUUGUUUCUAUAUUUGUAUUUGAAAUAAACAGUUUUGUUGCUUGUUUCAUCACUUUUCAUUUUUGAAAGCUGUGAAAAGCUAGUAACUUGUAAAUAAUUUUACUAUACUACACUAAUUUAAAAUUGUGUUCAAAUUUCAAUAAAGUUAAGGAUAUAACUUUAUAUCAGCUGUCUUAAAAAUGAAAAUUUGUUUUCAUAAAAAAUUUUACUCAAUGAUAAAAUUAUUUAUUAUAUAUAGCUUGUUUUAUGUAUAUAUUUAAAUGAAAGAAUAAUAAUAAAUGCUUACAUAGAUAAAUUGUCAAAUAAUAUUGUCUCAUUCCUUUAAAUAAAUUACAAAAGGUA